UCAGUAACGCGGGUGAUGCUCUUGCUUCUUCUCAGCCAGGACCCUUCCUGUGGCCGCCACGCCAGUGGGUUGGACCACACAAGGGCCCAGUGGGAGAGGGGCUGUGCCGGGGGCGCCCGGGCGUCCGGUCUCUGCCAAAGAAUUCUCUUCAAUAGUGAAGUCCUUCUGUGUCCAUGGAGAGGAUCUUUUCCUCAGUACGUCCUGUCGGUCUUGAAAUUUACCUGCCCUACGUUGUUCCAAGGGUGGCAGACGUUAGUUGGUGGACUUUUGCUGCAUGUGUCAUGGAAACUGGGCUGGGUGGAGAUCAACAGCAGUUCAAGAUCUGAUGUUUUGGCGUGGCUUCCUGCUUCGGUGCUGUUUGUGGGCAUAAUCUAUGCCGGUUCCAGAGCAUUAUCCAGACUGGCCAUUCCUGUGUUUCUCACUUUGCACAAUGCAGCUGAAGUUAUCGUCUGUGGGCACUGGAUGUGUUUUCGGAAAGAGAAAACGCCUCCUGCCAAGAUCUGUAGCGCCCUCCUGCUCCUGGCCGCUGCGGGGAGCCUCCCCUUCAAUGACGCCCAGUUUGAUCCAGAUGGGUACUUCUGGGCUGUAAUUCACUUACUCAGUGUAGGGGCCUAUAAGAUUCUCCAGACGUCCCUGAAACCCAGUGCGUUGAGUGACAUCGACCAGCAGUACCUAAACUAUAUAUUCAGCGUGGCGCUCCUGGCAGCCGCAGCGCAUCCCACAGGUGACCUCCUCCGCGCCCUGGACUUCCCCUUCUUGUAUGUCUACAGAUUCCACGGCAGCUGCUGCGCCAGUGGCCUUUUGGGGUUCCUCGUCACACUCAGCGCCGUGAAGCUGAAGAGCCUGGUGGCCCCCGGGCAGUGUGCGGCCUGGCUGCUCCUGGCUCAGGUGCAGUUCAUCGGUACAAAGCCGGCCGUCUACCUCGGAGCAGGCGAGGUUUUUCCAAAGGGAAAGGAACUCACAGGGAAACAGGUGGCCACAGCUGGCUUGUCAGUGCUGCUGUUCGAGGGCGUCCUGACCAGAGCGGCCGUGGGAUGCCUCCUGCUCGGCGGCCUGGGAGAGGCCUUGCUGGUUUUCUCAGAGAGGAGGGGCGCCCCGAGAUGACGAGGUGACGAUGGAAAGGGAGACGGGCCGGGCCGUCAUGGGAGCAGACGCCCGGCUGCGGAGCUCGGACGAGGGUGAGGAAGCCGAGCUUCCCCUGCGCCAGGAGCUCUCGGGUCUCUGCUGCAGAGAAUGGACUGGUGCCUCUUCCCUGAGAGACUCACCUGAGCCCCACCUCUGGGUGUGCGGACGCCUGCGGACGCCCCGUGGACGCCCCGUGGAGGCGCCGCUCACCUGCCUGGCAUGCGGCCUCUGCUGGAGCCGGCACAGGCGCUGCUCUCCCUGCUCACGCUCCGUGGGGGCCGCCCCGGCAUUUGGGGUUUGGUUUGUGUGUUUACAUCUUCGGAGCCUCCGGGACAUCCCUUCCUCGCGCUCGUGCGGGCUGGUCCGAGCCUCACCCACCCACUCACGGGGAUCCCUCCCGAGGGCGUCCAUGGGUGAGCGGGGGCUCAGGCAUGAGAAGCCAGCAGGGGCCAUCGCCCCAGAGCGGGUGCCGAAGCCCUGACGUGCGCGUGUUCCUUCUGUUGGGUUGUGUCAUAGUAAGUUCACACUUUUUUUUCGCUCACCGUUCAGUUAACCUGACACGAAACGAUCACCACAGCAAAGAGGUGGAUAAGCCGAGGGUGUCCUCCCGGGCAAGGGGAAAAGAAACAGACGUCUAACAUGGACACACACGCCUGUUAUAGUCACUUCCUAAAGCUCUGAAUCCAUUCAUUCCCCAUAUCUGAGGAGGUUUCAGUCUUUGAACACAAGUAUACUUUUCAGGCCAAUUAAAGGUUGGAUUAAAGCUUUAAACUGUGCCUCAA